AAUAUUCAUUCAUAUCACCAUGAAAAUCUCACAUGCAGGGCCAUCACCACUCUUAUGGCUGCACCUCCUCCUCCUCCUCCUGCUCGCCGCCACAGCCGCGGCCAAAGUUCCGGCGAUCGUCGUCUUUGGUGACUCGUCGGUAGACGCCGGGAACAACAACCAGAUCCCGACGAUCGCCCGGAGCAAUUUCCUCCCCUAUGGCCGUGACUUCUCGGGUGGAAAGGCAACGGGAAGGUUUUCGAACGGGCGAAUCGCCACCGACUUCAUAUCGGAGGCGUUCGGGCUCCGGGCGGCGGUGCCGGCCUACUUGGAUCCGGCUUAUAACAUUUCUGAUUUUGCUGUAGGAGUCACGUUUGCUUCCGCUGGCACUGGAUAUGAUAAUGCAACUUCCGAUGUACUAGGAGUUAUUCCUGCGUGGAGGGAAUUGGAAUACUACAAAGACUACCAAAAGAGAUUAAGAGCCUAUCUUGGUGAUGGGAAGGCCAUAUAUACUAUCUCUAAUUCAUUGUACAUAAUAAGUAUGGGAACAAAUGAUUUUUUGGAAAACUAUUUCGCCUUUAAUUCGCAGCGACGGACUCAAUAUUCGAUCGAUGCAUAUCAGCAUUUUCUCAUUGGACUAGCCCGAAAUUUCGUAGUUAACCUACAUGGCCUUGGGGCCCGCAAAAUCAGCAUCGGGGGCCUUCCCCCGAUGGGCUGCAUGCCCUUAGAGAGGGCCCAAAACCUACAGAAUGGGAAUGGAUGCAUGGAGGCUUAUAACAUAGUGGCCAGGAGCUUCAACGAUAAACUCUACAAUUUAACAAGAGAUUUAAAUAAGGAAAUACCUGGCCUCAAAUUGGUCUUCUCUAAUCCCUACUACGUUCUUCUACAAAUAAUCCAAAAGCCAUCCUCUUAUGGGUUUCAAGAAUCACAGAGGGCGUGUUGUGCCACGGGGAUGUUCGAGAUGGGGUAUGCCUGCCAGCGCAGCCUCCUCACGUGCACUGAUGCAAAUAAAUACGUAUUCUGGGACGCGUUCCACCCAUCUGAGCAUACGAAUAAAAUGAUCGCAGAUCAUGUUAUCAAGACUGCCUUGUACAAGUUCCUUUGACAUAUGAAUAUAGAGAGAAUGAUUCAUGUGUGUGUCGAGCUUUGUAUCUGUGAGUUAUCUCUGACUGAAGAGAAUUACAAAUUUUGCUACUUUUGUCGCUUUGUAGUUUACCUACAGUGCGAUGCGUGUAAACAUUAUGAAUUUACAUAUGCAUAUAUAAUUGAUUAAGUUUAUCA